CAAUAGCCGUUCGGCAUUUCUCACAAAUCCCCACAGGUGAAUCAUCGACAAAAUGAACGCUCGUUCGCAGAUUUUUGAGCUAUCAGUCGAAGGAAGACAAAUAGAAGAAGCAGUGUUGAGUGUUUUUCAUACUAUUCUAUUUCACAGAACUACAGGUAAAUUCAGCUACAAGCGAGAAGGGUCUUAUAGUAUAGGGACUGUUGGCUCUGUCGAUGUUGACUGUGAUUUCAUCGACUUUACCUAUGUUCGUUGCGAUUCGGACGACUUAGAUUCAAGCUUAAAAAGACAAGUUCUAGGCUUCAAAGAUGCUUUGCGUGGUAAUAAGGGGUCUCGAAGCGGUCAAAUAUCACUGGAAUUCUAUCAAAAGAGAAAGGGACGUUGGCCAUUCGGGGUGGAAUGCGUCCCCUGGGAGAUCUGGACAUUGAAAGUAAACAUCAUUACGUUAUCAAACGAGCAUGAAAGACAAAUCUGUCGUGAGAAAGUUGGGGAGUCUCUGACAGAAAAAGUAUUGUGUGUAGCUGAGGCAAUGAACCGUAGGGACUAUGUACCGAAGAUGCCGAACCAGUCCGAUGUUGCUAAUGUCUUUGAUGUGAGUUUCCGAGGUGUGCAGCCGUAUCUGCAUAGACUGGGAUACUUGACAUCUGACCAACCGUCAGCCUCGGUUAGCAAUUCAAUGAAGAAGCUAAUAUUUGAUACGUUUUCCUAUUGAGGCAGGCCUGGACCUUCACCACGCACCUGGCCUAAGUCGUCAAAAGAGUGCAUACUGUUUUUGCAUUCACACCUUUGGUACUCAUUAAUGUUUUGUGAAUAGAGAAACACCGAAAUAGCCAUUGAUUUUAUUAUUGUAGAAAACAAAUUCUAAGCAGUUCCCUGUUAUAUUGUCUUGUGUUAAAAAAUAUUUUUCUCAACUCGGGAAUUAUCAAAGAUAAUCUGCAAA